AUGGAAAAUAGUACCACUACCAUUUCUCGGGAGGAGCUGGAGGAACUACAAGAAGCAUUUAAUAAAAUAGAUAUUGACAACAGUGGGUAUGUCAGUGACUAUGAACUUCAGGACCUGUUUAAGGAAGCAAGCCUUCCUCUGCCUGGUUACAAAGUCCGAGAGAUCGUGGAGAAAAUUCUAGCAGUUGCUGACAACAACAAAGAUGGCAAAAUCAGUUUUGAAGAAUUUGUGUCUCUAAUGCAAGAGUUAAAAAGCAAAGACAUCAGCAAAACAUUCCGAAAAAUAAUUAACAAGAGGGAAGGGAUUACUGCUAUUGGAGGAACUUCAUCCAUUUCCAGUGAGGGCACACAGCAUUCCUAUUCAGAGGAAGAAAAAGUGGCAUUUGUUAACUGGAUAAACAAGGCCCUGGAGGAUGACCCUGACUGUAAGCAUCUCAUACCCAUGAAUCCCAGUGAUGGAAGUCUUUUCAAAUCACUUGAAGAUGGCAUCCUUCUUUGCAAAAUGAUCAACUUAUCUGAACCAGAUACAAUUGAUGAAAGAGCCAUUAAUAAGAAAAAGCUCACCCCUUUCACUGUUUCUGAAAAUUUAAACCUAGCCCUGAAUUCUGCCUCAGCCAUUGGAUGUACAGUGGUUAAUAUUGGUGCACAGGAUCUCAAAGAAGGAAAACCUCACUUGGUCUUGGGACUUCUCUGGCAGAUCAUCAAAGUUGGUCUUUUUGCUGAUAUUGAGAUUUCCAGGAAUGAAGCUCUGAUUGCAUUGCUAAAUGAAGGUGAAGAACUAGAAGAGCUGAUGAAGCUUUCUCCAGAGGAGUUAUUGCUGCGAUGGGUGAACUACCAUUUGACCAAUGCAGGAUGGCAUACCAUCAACAACUUCAGCCAAGACAUUAAGGAUUCAAGAGCCUAUUUUCAUCUGCUUAAUCAGAUUGCACCUAAAGGUGACAGGGAUGAUGGACCUGCCAUUGCCAUUGAUCUUUCAGGAUUUAAUGAGAAAAAUGACAUGAAGCGUGCUGGAUUCAUGCUUCAAGAAGCAGAUAAACUGGGCUGCAGACAGUUUGUUACUCCUGCAGAUGUGGUUUCAGGCAAUCCUAAACUUAAUUUAGCUUUUGUAGCUAAUCUAUUUAACACCUACCCAUGCCUACACAAGCCUGAAAAUAAUGACAUCGAUAUGAAUUUAUUGGAAGGAGAGAGCAAGGAAGAAAGGACAUUUCGAAACUGGAUGAAUUCCUUGGGGGUAACCCCUUACAUUAAUCAUUUGUACAGUGAUCUUGCAGAUGCUCUAGUGAUAUUCCAGCUCUAUGAAAUGAUUCGCGUGCCAGUCAACUGGAACCGUGUCAACAAGCCUCCGUAUCCUGCCCUUGGAGGGAACAUGAAGAAGAUUGAAAAUUGUAACUAUGCAGUGGAACUUGGGAAGAAUAAGGCCAAAUUCUCCUUGGUUGGUAUUGCUGGGCAGGACCUAAAUGAAGGGAAUUCAACACUGACACUGGCAUUGGUAUGGCAGCUAAUGAGAAGGUACACAUUGAAUGUGUUAUUAGAUCUUGGAGAAGGUGAAAAAGUCAAUGAUGAAAUUAUAAUUAAAUGGGUCAAUCAGACUCUUAAAAGUGCAAACAAAAAUACUUCCAUUUCCAGCUUCAAGGACAAAUCUAUUAGCACUAGUUUACCUGUCCUAGACUUAAUAGAUGCCAUUGCACCAAAUGCAGUUCGUCAAGAAAUGAUAAAGAGAGAAGACUUCUCUGAUGAGGACAAGCUGAACAAUGCUAAAUAUGCCAUUUCAGUUGCUCGAAAGAUUGGUGCCAGGAUAUAUGCCUUACCUGACGACCUUGUAGAAGUGAAGCCAAAGAUGGUCAUGACGGUGUUUGCAUGCUUAAUGGGAAAAGGACUAAACAGAAUAAAAUAA